UCAUAAUUCGGAAUCGUUUUGUUAUUUCCGUCAUAAAACUUUGUUUUGGUUUGCGAGAUCUGUCAAAAUAAACACAAACGCAAAUUUCUUAUAAAAGCUGUGUCACACAUAACAGCUCUGAGAAGUAGCACAACUUGGAUAUUGCGUGCUACUUAAUGCUAAAAAAAUGACAACAUAAAAACAGUAGCUGAAUAAGCUACACAAGUCACUUCCUUUGCACCAGCAAUAACACUUUACCAAAAUGGGAGGUGCAGUGUCUACUGGCAGGGACAAUGAUGAACUGGUGGAUAACCUCAAAGAUGCCGAAUAUAUAAAAUCACAAUUAGUGGAGGAUGUAUUCCGGGCAGUAGACCGGGCAGACUACUAUCUCCCGGGACAUAAAGAGGCCGCUUACAAAGACCUGGCUUGGAGACAUGACCACUUGCACUUGUCCGCUCCUUGUAUAUACUCAGAAGUCAUGGAAGCCUUACAGUUGAAGCCUGGUUUAUCAUUUCUAAACUUGGGUAGCGGUCUUGGCUAUCUGAGCACCAUGGUUGGGCUGAUUCUAGGCCCAUAUGGAGUAAACCAUGGAGUUGAGCAGUUUGAGGAUGUUGUUCAGUACGCAGAGGAGCGGCUUUCAGAAUUCUUGAAGAGGAGUCCAGCAGUUGAUAAGUUUGAGUUCUGUAUGCCGAAGUUCAUCGUUGGAAACUGCCUCAAUCUGAACCCCGGGCACCUGUAUGACCGUGUGUAUGUAGGGGCCGGUUGUCCUCCAGAGCAUGAGAACUACAUGAAGAAUUUGUUGAAAGUUGGAGGCAUCUUGGUGAUGCCACUGAAUGACAGGUUGAUCCAGGCUAAAAGAGAAAGUGAAACAGAGUGGAGUGUAACCAACAAGUUACCUGUGUCCUUUGCCACACUUGCUUCCCCUCCGUUGGAGCCCCUGCCUGAUCUGAUUGACCUCCCUGAGGCACUUCAGCCAAACCUUCAGGAGCUCUGCCGUUGCACAGUACGCAGAGUUCUCAGAAGUAACAUCUACAAGAGGCAUCCAGACCUGACCAAAGUUCACAAGAGGAGGAAGAAGCAGAAGCCAGAGAAGAGGUCACAUGGGGCCAUGUCCAACAUGAGCAUCAUGCCGUUCAGCAUGGGAAUGAUGAUCUUGCAUCAGCUGGACAGGGACAGUGACAGCGAUAACAGCAUGCAGGAGCAUUACUUGUUGGAAGAAGAGGGAGAUGAAAGUCCUGAUCAUAGUAGGGAUCUUGACAGGGACUCUGGAGGUGAACCUGUAGAGAUUGAAAGUGAUGUUGAGGAAGAGGAGGCUAGGGAUAUAGCACAAGAUGCUACAUUUUCUACAGAUGAUGAGGGUGAUGUUCGGGAUAAGAAUGCUGCCUGUAAUAAUGAUGAUAAACAUUGGGGACAAGAACACAAGACUGUGGAUGAUAUAGCAUCUGGAGAGGUGAAUGAAACAAAUGGGAAACAAAUGUUGGAUAAUGGACCUAAAGAUGCAAAAGAUGAUGGUUCGGAGAAGGAUGAUGAAAAGCACAGUGAUUAUGCAAGUGAUGAGGAGCAUGAUAAUGUUGAUAAUGAUGUGAUACAGGAAGUAAAAGAGGCAAACAGAGUUGCUAGCAAGAACAAUGAACAAAAUGGACACACUGAUGCCAAAAUGUUUAGGAUAAAUGACUUCAUAUCAAAUGUGGUAUCUUCCUCCAAUAAUUGCAUGCCAGGACCAAGUGAAGAUGUAACCCCACCUGACGCUGAUUGGUCCGAUAACAGUGAUGAAGGAGAAGACAGACAAUACAACGUGGAGGAAUUCAUAAAACAGGGAGCCAGAUCUACAGCUCCUAAGCAAAGGUAUUCCUCUACAACCAGUGUGGAUACUUCCACUACUAGUGGGAUUGGUUCAUUUGUUGAAGAACAUUUUGACUUGGAAAUGGGGGGUAGGUCCUUUGGGGAAAAGACCUCCUGCUUGUUUAGCCCAGUAGAAGAGCCUCACAGUUCGAGGCAACGUCGCCGUGGUAACAUGGAUAUCGAGGAAGAUCUAGAGGAAGACGGUCAAGAAGAAGAUGUCAGUGAGCCGAUACGCGCCUCUCUGACGGACUUCAUGAGGGAAGAUAUUGACACCUUACCUCUGCCUCUUGCAAUGAAGUCCUUCCUGAAAUACUACAGACACUAAGUAGAAAUCUUAUCUGUACAGUUUUACAAUGAAAACCAUGAAUGUCUCCUUGUUUAAAAUUUCCCAUUGGUGUUUCUAUUUUAAUUAGAAUUUAUUUUGCCUGGGACUAGUCUUCUGAUGAUGAUUCUUCGGUGAUUGUUAAGUUAGUAUUAUUUCAAACUUCAUAUUAUGACUUACGCAUUUAAAAAAUUACCUUAAAAAGUCUGACUCAUAAGAUUACAUUAAUUUAACAUCUUUGUGGAUAUUAUUUUUUUAGCUCACCUGUCACGAAGUGACAUGGUGAGCUUAUGUGACCGUGUGAUGUCCGGCAUCCGUAUGUGUGUGCGUGCGUCCGUCAACAAUUUGUUUGUGUAGACAAUAGAGGUCACAGUUUUCAUCCAAUCUUUAUGAAAUUUGGUCAGAAUGUUUAUCUUGAUGAAAUCUGGGUUGGGAUAGUAUUUGGGUCAUCUAGGGUAAAAAACUAGGUCACUAGGUCAAAAACUAGGUCACAUAAUUGGUCAAAUAAUAGAAAAACCUUGUGUAGACAAUAGAGGUCGCAGUUUUCAUCCAAUCUUUAUGAAAUUUGGUCAGAAUGUUUAUCUCGAUGUAAUCUGGGUUGGGAAAGUAUUUGGGUCAUCUUGGGUCAAAAACUAGGUCACUAGGUCAAAAACUAGGUCAAAUAAUAGAAAAACCUUGUGUAGACAUUAGAAGUCGCAGUUUUCAUCCAAUCUUUAUGAAAUUUGGUCAGAAUGUUUAUCUUGAUGAAAUCUGGGUUGGGAUUGUAUUUGGGUCAUCUGAGGUAAAAAACUAGGUCACUAGGUCAAAUAAUAGAAAAAACGUCAACAAUUUGUUUGUGUAGACAGUAGAGGUCACAGUUUUCAUCCAAUCUUUAUGAAAUUUGGUCAGAAUGUUUAUCUUUAGGAAAUCUGGGUUGGGAUUGUAUUUGGGUCAUCUGGGGUCAAAAACUAGGUCACUAGGUAAAAAACUAGGUCACGAGGUCAAAAACUAGGUCACUAGGUCAAGUAAUAGAAAAACCUUGUAUAGACAAUAAAGGUCACAGUUUUCAUCCAAUUUUUAUGAAAUUUGGUCAGAAUGUUUAUCUUGAUGAAAUCUGGGUUGGGAUUGUAUUUGGGUCAUCUGGGGUCAAAAACAAGGUCACUAGGUCAAAUAAAAAAAACAACCUUGUGUAGACAAUAGAGGUCACAGUUUUCAUCCAAUCUUUAUAAAAUUUGACCAGAAUGUUUUAUCUUGAUGAAAUCUGGAUUGGGAUUGUAUUUGGGUCACCUGGGGUCAAAAACUAGGUCACUAGGUCAAAUAAUAGAAAAACCUUGUGUAGACAAUAGAGGUCACAGUUUUCAUCUAAUCUUUAUGAAAUUUGGUCAGAAUGUUUAUCUUGAUGAAAUCUGGGUUGGGAUUGUAUUUGGUUAGUCAGGUGAGCGAUUCAGGGCCAUCAUGGCCCUCUUGUUUAGUAAUUUUUGCCUGAAUGCUUAGAACAUUUUCUGUAGAUGUGAACUUUCACUUUGUUAAGUUUGGUAAACUUGUCACAUGGUAUGUAGAAAACUUUUACAUUAAUUUCACAAUUAUGUUACACAUAUCAGUUACCCACAAAUAUCAUUAUUUAUCAUGCUCUGUAUGACAUUUGAAAGUCACAUGUGGAAUGUAUCAGUAUCACAAGACCUGAACAAAAUUUGACAUUGGUAUUUUCUUCGGAUACAAUUCUUUUGCUUUACUUUAAAAAGCAUUUGUUUAUCAUACAAUUGAAAAAAAAGACACUGUAAAUAUUUAUGUUUCAAUUUAUUUACUUUAAGUAUGCUUAAAUUGGUUUAAUUUAUUACUGGUAUUUGAGUACAGAUAUCUGCACUUUUUAUUGUAUGCAAUAUUAAAAUACAUGCACUUCCAAGUACAGGGACCUUGUAUGGUUAAAAAUGUGUUGCAUAUAGUUAGUAAAUGAGUUCAGCUUUUUAUGCCCCCCGUAGGGUGGCAUAUAGCAGUUGAACUGUCCAUCAGUCAGUAUGCCAGUAUGUCAGUCAGUCUGUCCGUCCGUUCGAAAAAAACUUUAACAUUGGCCAUAACAUUUUCACUAUUGAAGAAAGCAACUUGAUGUUUGGCAUGCAUGUGUAUCUCAUGGAGCUGAACAUUUUGAGUGGUGAAAGGUGAAGGUCAAGGUCAUCCUUCAAGGUCAAAUGUCAAAUAUAUGGCGUCUGUCCAUCCGAAAACUUUAACAUUGGCCAUAACUUUUUCAAUAUUGAAGAUAGCAACUUGAUAUUUGGCAUGCAUGUGCAUCUCACGGAGCUGCACAUUUUGAGUGGUGAAAGGUGAAGGUCAAGGUCAUCCUUCAAGAUCAAAUGUCCAAUAUAUGGCGUCUGUCCGUCCGUCCAAAAACUUUAACAUUGGACAUAACUUUUUCACAAUUGAAGAUAGCAACUUGAUAUUUGGCAUGCAUGUGUAUCUCAUGGAGCUGAACAUUUUGAGUGGUGAAAGGUGAAGGUCAAGGUCAUCCUUUAAGGUCAAAUGUCAAAUAUAUGGCGUCUGUCCGUCCGAAAACUUUAACAUUGGCCAUAACUUUUUCAAUAUUGAAGAUAGCAACUUGAUAUUUGGCAUGCAUGUGUAUCUCAUGAAGCUGCACAUUUUGAGUGGUGGAAGUUCAAGGUCAAGGUCAUCCUUCAAGGUCAAAGGUCAACAACAACAACAAAAUAUUUUUCAAAGCGGCAUUCUCAUGAAGCUGCACGUUUUGAGUGGUGGAAGUUCAAGGUCAAGGUGAUCCUUCAAGGUCAAAGGUAAAAAAAAAUAAUUCAAAAUUCAAAACGGCGUUCUCAUGAAGCUGCACAUUUUGAGUGGUGGAAGUUCAAGGUCAAGGCCAUCCUUCAAGGUCAAAGGUCAAAAAAAAAAUCAAAGCGGCGCAAUAGGGGGCAUUGUGUUUCUGACGAACAUAUCUCUUGUUAUUAUUGUAUAUUAUGGCAAAUGUUUGAUGGCAUAUAAUAUUGGGAUCUUGCUUUUUUAUGGUCACAAUUUAUAUUGUGAUCAUUAAUAUUGUUCAAUCUAUCACAAAGAAACUUUUGGUAUUUGACUACGACUGCUAUAUACCACGAUUUAUCGCUUAGCUUUAACGCUUUAAAGAGGUCCAUGUUUUGCUGCAUUCAACAAAAGAUAUAGGGCUCCAUUUGUAUUUUCUACAUGAAAGUAAUUUUCCCUGAUAUGCCAUGCAUAUUUCAUUUGUAUGGGUGUGAUAAAUAAGUACUAUUUGCCUAAUAUUUGCCUACAUCAACGAUCUCUUUGCUCUAUCAUUAAAUGUAAAUGCAUUGUGUUUCAAGAACUGAGUUUUUAUUUAUUCUUUAUAUUAUCUGGUACUAAUGUAAACUUCAGAAUCUAUUACAAUUUACAAAUAAUGAUGUUAUAAUCACUACGUAAUACUUUCUUUUUCAAUUUAAAUAUAAGACUGUUUAUAUGCUGCCAUAAUUUAGACAAUGUGAUUCUUAAGGUGUUUAAUGAGAUUAUGAGAAUAUUAAAAAAGAUGGUGUAUUGGGAGGGACAGAGAAUAAGAUUCUGUGAAAAUCUUAACAACAUAUCUAUAUGAACAGAAAUAAAAAUAAUUUUGCGGUUGAACAUUCAAAGUUGUGUGUCUCAAUUACACAUACCUCAUACACAUAUCUUGGUUCACCAAAUGAUUACAAGAGACUGAACAAUUCUUUGCAUGAAAAAAUCCAUAUAUGCACAAACAUGUUUUUAGCUCCACUGGCCAAAGGCCAGCGGGGCUUAUGUCAUGGUCCUGUGUCCGUCGUGUGUGCGUCCGUACGUGCGUCCGUGGGUGCGUGCGUUAACUUUUUCUUUAAACAUCUUCUUCUCCUAAACUACUCGUCCAAAUCUGAUGAAAUUUCUCAGGAAUGUUCCUGUGGUGAACCUCUUUCAAAUUUGUUCAAAUUAUGCCCCUGGGGUCAAAUUUGACCCUGCCCCGGGGGGUCAAAAAAUUGAAAAUUUGCGUAUAUAAGGCCUAUUUUGUGCAAACUUUAAAAAAAUUCUUGUCCAUAACCAUUAGGCCUAGGGCUACCAAAUUUGGUAUGUAUUGACAUCUUAUAGUCCUCUACCAAGUUUGUUCAAAUUAUGCCCCUGGGGUCAAAUUUGACCCUGCCCCGGGGGGUCAAAAAAUUGAAAAUUUGCUUUGAAAGGCCUAUUUUGUGCAAACUUUAAAAAUCUUCUUGUCCGUAACCAUUGGGCCUAGGGUUACCAAAUUUGCUAUGUAGUGACAUCUUAUAGUCCUCUACCAAGUUUGUUCAAAUUAUGCCCCUGGGGUUAAAUUUUACCCUGCCCCGGGGGGUCAAAACAUUGAAAAUUUGCUUAUAUAAGGCCUAUUUGUGCAAACUUUAAAAAUCUUUUUGUCCAUAACCGUAUGGCAUAGGGCUACCAAAUUUGCCAUGUAGUGACAUCUUAUAGUCCUCUACCAAGUUUGUUCAAAUUAUGCCCCUGGUGUCAAAUUUGACCCUGCCCCGGGGGGUUAAAAAAUUGAAAAUUUGCUUAUAUAAGGCCUAUUUUGUUCAAACUUUAAAAAUCUUCUUGUCCAUAACCAUUGGGCCUAGGGCUACCAAAUUUGCUAUGUAGUGACAUCUUAUAGUCCUCUACCAAGUUUGUUCAAAAUAUGCCUCUGGGGUUAAAUUUUACCCUGCCCCGGGGGGUCAAAACAUUGAAAAUUUGCUUAUAUAAGGCCUAUUUGUGCAAACUUUAAAAAUCUUCUUGUCCAUAACCGUAUGGCAUAGGGCUACCAAAUUUGGUAUGUACUGACAUCUUAUUGUCCUCUACCAAGUUUGUUCAAAUUAUGCCCCUGGGCUCAAAUUUGACCCUGCGCCGGGGGGUUAAAAAAUUGAAAAUUUGCUUAUAUAAGGCCUAUUUUGUGCAAACUUUAAAAUCUUCUUGUCCAUAACCAUUGGGCCUAGGGCUACCAAAUUUUGUAUGUAGUGACAUCUUAUAGUCCUCUAUCAAGUUUGUUCAAAUUAUGCCCCUGGGGUCUAAUUUGACCCUGCCCCGGGGGGGUCAAAAAAUCGAACAUUUGCUUAUAUAAGGCCUAUUUUGUGUAAACUUUAAAAAUCUUCUUGUCCAUAACCAUUGGGCCAAGGGCUACCAAAUUUGGUAUGUAGUGACAUCUUAUAGUCCUCUACCAAGUUUGUUCAAAUUAUGUCCCUGGGGUCAAAUUUGACCCUGCCCCGGGGGGUCAAAAAAUUGAAAAUUUGCUUAUAUAAGGCCUAUUUUGUGAAAACUUAAAAAAUCUUCUCGUCCAUAACCAUUUGGCCUAGGGCUACCAAAUUUGGUAUGUAGUGACAUCUAAUAUUCCCCUACCAAGUUUGUUCAAAUUAUGCCCCUGGGGUCAAAUUUGACCCUGCCCUGGGGGGUCAAAAAAUCGAAAAUUUGCUUAUAUAAGGCCUAUUUUGUGCAAACUUUAAAAAUCUUCUUGUCCAUAACCAUUGGGCCUAGGGCUACCAAAUUUGCAAUGUACUGACAUCUUAUAGUCCUCUACCAAGUUUGUUCAAAUUAUGCCCCUGGUGUCAAAUUUGACCCUGCCCCGGGGGGUUAAAAAAUUGAAAAUUUGCUUAUAUAAGGCCUAUUUUGUGCAAACUUUAAAAAUCUUCUUGUCCAUAACCAUUGGGCCUAGGGCUACCAAAUUUGGUAUGUAGUGACAUCUUAUAGUCCUCUACCAAGUUUGUUCAAAUUAUGCCCCUGGGGUCAAAUUUGACCCUGCCCCGGGGGUUAAAAAAUUGAAAAUUUGCUUAUAUAAGGCCUAUUUUGUGCAAACUUUAAAAAUCUUCUUGUCCAUAACCAUCGGGCCUAGGGCUACCAAAUUUUGUAUGUAGUGACAUCUUAUAGUCCUCUAUCAAGUUUGUUCAAAUUAUGCCUCUGGGGCCUAAUUUGACCCUGCCCCGGGGGGUCAAAAAAUUGAACAUUUGCUUAUAUAAGGCCUAUUUUGUGUAAACUUUAAAAAUCUUCUUGUCCAUAACCAUUGGGCCAAGGGCUACCAAAUUUGGUAUGUAGUGACAUCUUAUAGUCCUCUACCAAGUUUGUUCAAAUUAUGCCCCUGGGGUCAAAUUUGACCCUGCCCCGGGGGGUCAAAAAAUUGAAAAUUUGCUUAUAUAAGGCCUAUUUUGUGAAAACUUAAAAAAUCUUCUCGUCCAUAACCAUUGGGCCUAGGGCUACCAAAUUUGGUAUGUAGUGACAUUUAAUAGUCCUCUACCAAGUUUGUUCAAAUUAUGCCCCUGGGGUCAAAUUUGACCCUGCCCUGGGGGUCAAAAAAUCGAAAAUUUGCUUAUAUAAGGCCUAUUUUGUGCAAACUUUAAAAAUCUUCUUGUCCAUAACUGUAUGGCAUAGGGCUACCAAAUUUGGUAUGUAAUGACAUCUUAUAGUCCUCUACCAAGUUUGUUCAAAUUAAGCCCCUGGGAUAAAAUUUGACCGUUCCCCAGGGGUCACAAAAUUGAACAUAUGCUUAUAUUGGGCCCAUUUCGUGCAAACUAUAAAAAUCUUGUCCAUAACCAUUGUGCCUAUUUCUACCAAAUUCGGUAGGUAGUGACAUCUAAUAGUUCUCUACUUAGUUUGUUCAAAUUAUGCCCCUAGGAACAAAUUUGACCUUGCCCCAGGGGUCACAAAAAUGAUCAUAUGCUUAAAUAAGGCCUAUUUUGUGCAAACUUUAAAAAUCUUCUUGUUCUUAAUUAUAGAGCCUAGGGCUACUAAAUUUGGUAUGUAGUGAUAUCUAAUAGUCCUCUACCAAAUUUGUUCAAAUUAUUCCCCUGGGCUCAAAUUUGACCCGGCCCCGGGGGUCACAAAACUGAAUAUAUGACGUUUACCAGUGGAGAUUACUGCGGCCGUUUGGCUGUGACCAACAACAACAUCAACAUCUUGUCAACAUGAGAUAAAACCCUGUCAUUUAGUGCCAUUUUAGGUCAGAUGGUGACUGCUUACAAAGGCAUUGAAGUAAGAACAUGUGUUAUGAAUGUUUUUCUUAUAAACUGAAAAAAGUUGGGUUUUAUUUAAAUAUGUCGAAAGUGACCAUAUAUCCGGAUGAAAAUAUUUUGGAUGACAUGUUAAUUUCAUGUCUUUUUUGUAGUGUUAAAACCAGUUUAAUGAUAUAUUAUUGAUUUUAAAAACACAACUUCCAUGAACAUAAUUAUUUCAAGGAAAGUCAAUAUAUGAUACUGCACGGUAAACUCAAACUUUGUAUCCAAGAGAAGGUGUUGAAAUUAAUGGAGUGCAAUGUUCUUAACUAUCGUAUAUGCUGCUUUUUAAUAACUAAUGAUUCAUUGUUCCAUUUGUGAAUCGUGACUGAUCAUGAAUUGUUGAAAUGAUUGUCAAUUGCUCAACAAUCCAUAUAUAUUUCUGACCAUUUUAUAAUUUUGUUAAUAUAAGUUAUGAAUUGAUCUUAGAAGUCAAAUGUGUUACUUAAUUAAAUACAUUUAUAAAUAUAAAGAAAUAAUCUUUAGAUUAUCAUAAUAUUCUCAGGCCUGUUGGUCUUAGGGAUGUGUGGGUUGAUGAGCAAUUUCUCCUUUUAUCACAAUUAUUUCUACCCUACCUGAUCAUUUCCUUCAUAUUCCAUUUUAAUUCAAUUGACGUCUGCAACCUCUUUCAAAUUGGGAAAGUCCAAAAUGUGUUGUUUGGUAAAGGGUUAAAGCAUUUUGAUUCCUAUGGGUCUUGUGAAUCUGUUUCAAAUCAAAUGCGUAGAUUUGAUCUUCAGCAUCUAAAAAUAUGUGAAAUAGUAAGAACGACAAUAUCUUUUGGAGAGAUAAAUGUACCUACGUUAUAAGCAAAGGACCUGUGCAACAAUUCCCAGGCUUUUUUGUCUGUUUAGUUAACACGGUAGUAACUUUUUCCAUAUAUAAAAAUGCUCACCCUUCCAACUUUAAGCGCCCAGUGGGACGAGGGAUAGAAAGAGAAAGUCACAUGCUUGAGUACAUUUCAUUCCAUGCGCAUUACACGUUUUUUUCGCGAAGAAAAAACAGUGGAGCGAUACAGGGCCAUCAUGGCCCUCUUGUUAAAAUAAUACUUGGUCUCGGAAAUAAGUGACAUAUUCAGUUUAAGAAAUGUGCUUUGGUGUAGACUAAGGGAUAUUGUUUAAGGUUGGCCCAGUUUGUGGCAAAAAAGGAUUUUUUCUGUUAUGUAAACACACACUGUACCGGUUUUGUAAAAACCAUAAAACUAAUUCUAAAUACAAAGUGUGUUAAUCGAGAUUAUUCACUUGUCAUCCAUUUUAGCAACAAUUUGGAAUUCUCGUGUAUUAAGAUUACUUAACAAUUGGGAUAAAGAAUAAAAUUUAAAUACAGAAUAAUCUGAAUGUAUUAGCACAAGGUUUUACAUUUUUUAGUGUUCCCAUGCAUUCGUAUAUUUGCCUUUGCAUUAAUGGUUAUGUUUUUUUUCUUGCUGCUUAUUGUAAAUCAUGUGCACCUAAGUGAUGUGUUGUUGCAAGCUAUACAUAAAACAGAAUGUUACUUGUUUUAUUUAUGCAGAAUAAACCCAACUCUUAUUUACAAUCUGUGUGUAUUCAAAUAUUUCUAGUUGAUCAUGGUACACAAUUUAAAGUAAACAGUAUCAAUGUACCACAAUUGGUAUUCUGUUCAGCAUUUCCAUACUUUUGUUGCUGUGCUUAUUGUUAGCUCACCUGAGCACAAUGUGGGGUGGAGUAUUUUUCCUUAUGUGUAAAUAGUAAAACCUGGUUAACACUCUUAAGUCACAUUUAUAGUCCAAUCUUUAUGGAACUUGGUCAGAACAUUUGUUCUAAUGAUAUCUGGGCUGAGGUCUAAAAGAGUUCCUGUCUGUUGAAAGUAUGGCUGCCAGUGUCUGAGCAUUGUUUUACUCUCUGGUUUAUAUAUUGGCCAAGUUUGAAAAUGGUUUCAGAAACAUCUAAAAAAGUUGCUUAGAGCAGUUCAGUUCCAUGAAGUCUCAGGUGAGUGACCAUGGGCCUCUGGCCCUCUUGUUCUCAAUAUAUUGGUUGAUAUCAAAUUGGCAUUCACUUUGCAUUCACAAUUGCACCUGACAAGUUUUAACAAAAGGAUAAUUAAGUCUCUGACCUGUAAUUUGCAACAGUUUAUCUUAUUCCCUGAUAUUGUUUACAGAUCUACAUCAUAUGAAAAUAGUCUAAAUCAGGUGGAAAACUGAGUCAAAAUGUCCAGCAUACCAGUGAAGUUAUACAUUUUACACAUGCAGACAUGAUAAUUUUGUGAUUAAAGGCUUAAUCACUUGUAAAUGUUGUAAAGCUAUGUUUUUGUUUAUCUGUUCCUAUGUUUAUAUGUUUAUAACUUUGAUUACUUUAUGCUUGUUUAUUGCUGUAAAAAAUCACAGUGUUUUUUUUCAGUUAAGAUUUAAGACCUAGUUUGAAAUCAUAACAGUGCUGCGUUAUCACAUAUUUCAGCCACAUCAUGCAAAAAUUGGUUUUAUGCCAUAUGUGGUAAUUAUUGCUUUGUUGUUAAAUCAAGAAUUGCUUGUCAAAAAAUAAGAUUAAUCGUCAAAUUGUUACAUUCUGCUUUAUUUAAAGUAACAAAUUUAUCAAAUUUAUCCGUUUAAAUCUAUUUACCUGUAACUUUUAUAGAGAAAAUCUACUAUAAAUCAUAAUCCUGUUAUAUUGUUCACAUCUGUUCUGUAUGUUGCUUUGAAUAAAUGGUUGGAUAACCAUCAAACAUUG